AGCGGCGGCCAGAGCGGCGCCUCUCUAUGGCGGAAGUGGGGGUGACUUCCGGCGGCAGCGGCGGCCCCGGGGGAGGCUCCGCGUGAGCUGCCGGGAGAUGCCAGCGCGGGGGGGCACUGACGGCUCCACGAGCCCCCGGUCCCGGCGCCCGCCAUGGCCGACACGCUGGAGUUCAACGAGAUCUACCAGGAGGUGAAGGGCUCCAUGAACGAUGGGCGGCUGCGGCUGAGCCGCCAGGGCGUCAUCUUCAAGAACAGCAAGACGGGGAAGGUGGACAACAUCCAGGCCUCGGAGCUGGCCGAGGGCGUGUGGCGGCGCGUGGCGCUGGGCCACGGCCUCAGGCUGCUCACCAAGAACGGCCACGUCUACAAGUACGAUGGGUUCCGGGAGUCGGAGUUCGAUAAGCUCUCGGAUUUCUUCAAGACCCACUAUUGCCUGGAGCUGACCGAGAAGGAUCUGUGUGUGAAGGGCUGGAACUGGGGCACGGUCAGGUUUGGAGGGCAGCUCCUGUCCUUUGACAUCGGGGAGCAGCCGGUGUUCGAGAUCCCGCUGAGCAACGUGUCCCAGUGCACCACGGGCAAGAACGAGGUGACGCUGGAGUUCCACCAGAACGAUGACGCCGACGUCUCGCUCAUGGAGGUUCGCUUCUACGUGCCCCCAACCCAGGAGGACGGCGUGGACCCGGUGGAGGCCUUCGCCCAGAACGUGCUCUCCAAGGCGGAUGUGAUCCAGGCCACGGGCGAUGCCAUCUGCAUCUUCCGGGAGCUGCAGUGUUUGACGCCGCGCGGGCGCUACGACAUCCGCAUCUACCCCACGUUCCUGCACCUGCAUGGCAAGACCUUCGACUACAAGAUCCCCUACACCACGGUGCUGCGCCUCUUCCUGCUCCCGCACAAGGACCAGCGGCAGAUGUUCUUUGUGAUCAGCCUGGACCCCCCGAUAAAGCAAGGCCAGACCCGUUACCACUUCCUUAUUCUGCUCUUCUCUAAGGAUGAGGACAUUUCCCUGACCCUCAACAUGAAUGAGGAGGAGGUGGAGAAACGCUUUGAGGGGCGGCUCACCAAGAACAUGUCGGGGUCCCUCUACGAGAUGGUCAGCAGGGUCAUGAAGGCGCUGGUCAACCGCAAGAUCACCGUGCCCGGGAACUUCCAGGGGCACUCGGGCGCGCAGUGCAUCACCUGCUCGUACAAGGCGAGCUCGGGGCUGCUGUACCCGCUGGAGCGCGGGUUCAUCUACGUGCACAAGCCGCCCGUGCACAUCCGCUUCGACGAGAUCAGCUUCGUCAACUUCGCCCGCGGCACCACCACCACCCGCUCCUUCGACUUCGAGAUUGAGACCAAGCAGGGCACGCAGUACACCUUCAGCAGCAUCGAGAGGGAGGAGUAUGGGAAGCUCUUCGACUUCGUCAAUGCCAAGAAGCUGAACAUCAAGAACCGCGGCCUGAAGGAGGGCAUGAAGCAGAGCUAUGAUGAAUACGCCGACUCGGACGAGGACCAGCACGACGCCUACUUGGAGAGGAUGAAGGAGGAGGGCAAGAUCCGGGAGGAGAAUGCCAACGACAGCAGCGACGGCUCCGGGGAGGAGACGGAUGAGUCCUUCAACCCCGGGGAAGAGGACGAUGAUGUGGCGGAAGAGUUCGACAGCAACGCCUCGGCCACGUCCUCGAGCGGUGACGGCGACAGCGACCACGACGACAAGAAACCGGCCAAGAAAGCCAAGGUGGUGAAAGAGCGCAAGGCCCGCAGGAAACACCCGGAGAGCAAGAAGGGGAAGGACCCAAACGCGCCAAAGCGGCCGAUGUCUGCGUACAUGCUGUGGCUGAACGCCAGCCGUGAGCGCAUCAAGUCCGACCACCCUGGCAUCAGCAUCACAGACCUGUCCAAGAAGGCCGGGGAGCUCUGGAAAGCCAUGUCCAAGGAGAAGAAAGAGGAGUGGGAUCGCAAGGCAGAAGAUGCCAGGAGGGACUAUGAGAAGGCCAUGAAGGAAUACAGCGUGGGCAGCAAGGCGGAGAGCUCCCGGGCGGAGAGGUCCAAGAAGAAGAAGAAGAAGCAGGAGAAGCAGCUGAAGGGGAAAGCGGAGAGGAAAGGCACCAGCUCCAAGUCUCUGUCCUCCAGCAAGUCCUCGGCCAAGAGCUCAAACGAGAGCUUCAAGAGCAAAGAGUUUGUGUCCAGCGAUGAGAGCUCCUCCGCUGAGAGCAAGAAGGAGGACUCAGAGGAGGAGGGAGCCCCCAGCCCCCGCCGCAGCUCCUCAGACUCCGCCUCAGGCUCCGAUUGAUCCAUCCUUGACCCGGGGGGCUCCUGGACCGGGCGCCCACAGCGGGGACCAGCUCCAGGGCCCCCCCGUGCCUUCUGGUGCC